ACUGUUGGACUGAAUGAUGCAGACCUAGCAGAAUUCUCUCGACUCUCUCAACUCGAUGAUAUCAAAGAUGCAAUGAUCUUUAUUCAGGCUCUUCGUGGUGCAACGUUAGACAAUGGAGUUAUCAAUAUUGAGCUAGAUGCUCUUGAACGCCUUCGCAACCCACCUCAAGAGAUUCUGAGUAUUGAUGAUCCCGACAUACUACUGUCGCUAAAGCUAUUCCUUGCUGAUACCACCGAAGCUGCAUACAAUUCAAUACGCAGUGCUAUUAUGGAGCACUUUCCUGAUUCCGAAGUGUUAUCGCACUAUCAAAUCCGUCAUCAAGUCGCUCUACUCAGUGGCAUUCAGCCUAUCCUGCAUGACAUGUGCAUAGACUUAUGCAUAGCAUUUUGUGGGCCCUGGCGACACAACGACAAGUGUCCAAAGUGCAGGAAA